UUCCCGACAUUCCCAAUGUUACCCUCGGAGUCCGGGCACAACGAGCCCCGCGGGGACCCCGGGCGCGAUCCCGGUGUUCCCGAUCCCGUCAUUCCCGUCAUUCCCGGCAUUCCCGCGUUCCAGGAGUCGGGGGAUGACGAGUACCGCGGCGAGCACUCGGACAGCGAUGACGAGGUGGACUCGGACUUCGACAUCGACGAGGGCGACGAGCCGGGCUCGGAGCAGGACGAGGCCGAGCCCCGGCGGCGCCGCCGCGUGCUCACCAAGGCCUACCGGGAGCCGCUCAAGAGCCUGCGGGCCAAGAAGGCGGAGGGGCCGCGGGGCGGAGCCCAGAAAGGGCGGGAGGUGAAAUGCCUGCCCCUGGAGCUGCAGGAGGACGGGGGAGACAGCCGGAAGCACAUGCGCCAGUCCACCACGGAGCACACCCGGCAGACGUUCCUGCGGCUCCAGGAGCGCCAGGUGCAGUCCAAGAGGAAGAAGGGAGGGACCAGCUACGAGCGGCCCCUGACCCAGGAGGAGCUGCUGGAGGAGGCCAAGAUCACCGAGGAGAUCAACCUGCGCUCCCUGGAGAACUACGAGCGGCUGGAGGCGGACAAGAAGAAGCAGGUGCAGAAGAAGAGGAAGAUCGUGGGCCCCGUGAUCCGGUACUGGUCCCUGACCAUGCCCCUCCUGCCCGAGCCCGGCCGCGAUGACCCCGUGGACGUGGAGGGGCUGGGCCCCGAGGCGCGGCCGCCGUCGCCGGGGAAGUGCUCGCGCACCUUCAUCUCCUUCAGCGACGACGCCACCUUCGAGCGCUGCUUCCCGCGGGCCAAGGCGCCGCGGCUGCCGGUGCGGGAGCUGUGCCCCGUCACGCACAAACCGGCGCUCUACCGCGACCCCAUCACCGACAUCCCCUACUCCAACGCCCGCGCCUUCCGCAUCAUCCGCGAGGCCUACCGCAAGUACGUCACGGCCCACGGGCUGCCCAGCGCCGCCGCCGCCGCCGCCGGGGCCGGGGACAGCCCCCCCAAAACAGUGGAAAAUCGUCAUUGA